AUGUUUGGCCACAGCGUAGCCUGCACAGGUGGCUCAGAAUCGAAUAACAAAAUCAGGAAUCUCAAUACCCUUAUCAACCGGAUCACAUUUCCACAGCCGACAAAAUGGCUACCAACAGAAACGCACAGGGCAACGGCAGUCCAAAGACUCCUCCUCGCAAGGACUCUUCUCACGCCAGAUUCGAGGAAGUCGGCGUCUAACAGCGUUACACCAUCAUCGGCCAGAGCUGGCUCUCAUCCGUCAACUCCAGGCUCUGGCAAUAGAUCUUUGAGUGGCAGCUCUACUAGUAACUCUCCUACCUCUGCAGACAACGGCGAGAGAAGCGGAUAUACCACCUUCGAAUCCUCCCAGGUCAUCGGCAAAGGCUUCGUCCGCAAGAGGGGUCCAAGUGCUUACGAGCAUAUCAAGUACCCCUUUGUCAUCUGCGAUAUGGCCCAUAAUGGCAAAGGCGGCUACACCUUCCCAUGGCUGGGUCUUCACGGCAACAAGAACGUCAAAGCGCUGCCGGAGGAGUGCCCAAACGCCAAAAAGAUUUACUUCCAGCUCAACUUCACCCACGAGCUGAUAAAGGAAGAGCUGCAGUCACAGGCGUUCAAAAACACCAUCAACGAGGUCACUAGUAAGAUCAAGGAUCUCAAGUGGCGUCAGAAGGUCUACGUCGCCAUCGCUAUUACUGACAUGGCUCAUCCGGUCGCGGAGGACUCCAGCCUUGGCGCGAACGUCUACGUCGCAGACACUUGCAUGGCCAACCUCGGCAAGGCAACGUCCUCGACUCCAGCAGUGACUAGGAGUAGCUUUCGUAGCACAAGCCGUCGUGGCCUCAGGCGAGGAAAAGCAACAUCGUCAGCAAUAGCAUCAUCAGCAUUUUCGUCAACAUCAGCAGAUUCCAUCGCCUGUCCGCCAGCUUCGACAUAUAUACCUAUAUACGCUACAGCUACUCACAAGGCUUCAAAGCGAGAUGUGCAAGAUCGCAGACCAGUCUGA